AGGGGGCGUGGCGCCGAAGACCCUGUAGCUUGCGCUGGCGCGGCGCGUUCCGGGACUGAUGGCGGCAGUGGACCUGGUCGCCGAGUUCCCCCAGCCCGCCGGUGCUGCGCGCUGGGCCGAGGUGAUGGCUCGGUUCGCCGCCAGGCUGGGUGCGCAGGGCCGACGGGUAGUGUUGGUCACGUCCGGCGGCACCAAGGUCCCCCUGGAAGCCCGGCCUGUGCGCUUCCUGGACAACUUCAGCAGCGGGCGGCGCGGUGCUACCUCGGCCGAAGCCUUCCUGGCCGCGGGCUACGGGGUCCUGUUUCUGUACCGUGCUCGCUCUGCCUUCCCCUUUGCCCACCGCUUCCCGCCCCAGACCUGGCUGUCGGCUCUGCGGCCCUCCGGCCGAGCGGCUUCGGGCUUGCUGAGCUUGGAGGCGGAGGAGAAGGCACUCCCGGGCUUCGCUGCGGCUCUGCAGAGCUACCAGGAGGCUGAGGCUGCCGGCACCUUCCUGGCCAUAGAGUUCACCACUUUGGCAGACUAUUUGCAUCUACUGCAGGCUGCAGCCCAGGCGCUCAAUCCUCUAGGCUCUUCUGCGAUGUUUUACCUGGCUGCGGCCGUGUCAGAUUUCUAUGUUCCUGUGUCUGAAAUGCCUGAACACAAGAUCCAGUCAUCUGGGGGCCCACUGCAGAUAACAAUGAAGAUGGUGCCAAAAAUGCUUUCUCCUUUGGUUAAAGACUGGGCUCCCAAAGCAUUUAUAAUUUCCUUUAAGUUGGAGACUGACCCCUCCAUUGUAAUUGAUCGUGCACGGAAUGCUUUGGAAAUUUAUCGACAUCAAGUGGUGGUGGCUAAUAUCCUUGAUUCACGUCGGUCCUUUGUGGUUAUUAUAACCAAAGACUCAGAAACCAAGUUAUUGUUAUCAGAGGAAGAAGUAGGAAAAGGCAUAGAGAUAGAAGAGAAGAUAGUGGAUGAUCUUCUGUCUCGACAUACCGCUUUUAUACAUGACAAAAACUGAAGUAAAAAGCCUUUAUUUAUAGGAUCAAAAAUUGUUCAGUGGACCAGGGCUCUUACAGAUGGUGAGAACUAGAAUAAAUCCUUUGCUUUCUUAAAGACAGAAAAUGAAGGGGAAAAGCAGUGAGUGGUGUGCAGACGAAUAUUGCUUGGUGUUUGUCUUUUAAAGGUCUUUUAAUACUCAUAAAACAUGAAAACAAAGGUAAAGCAGUUAUGACCAAACCACCUGACACACUCACCUGAAUGUUAUCUUGAUUUUGAAAAUGAUUCAAGUUGUUUCUCACCUAAAAAAAAAAAAAGAGCUUAUUGGGAAUUAUAUUCCUCAAAAUAUACAUGUGGGGCCUGAAUAUCAAUCUUCUUCAUACUGUAAAAGGGAUUAUGGAUGCAUGAAUGGCCAUGCUUUGAAGAUCAAAUAUUUGUUCAUGCCUACUAUGUGAUAGGCCCUGAGGAUUUUGAGGAUUCAAGAGAUGAAUAAACAUGUCUAGUUUGGGAAAUAGAUAUAUAAAAAAUUAAGUACAAUAAAGUGUGUGCCCCAAAGCCAACACAAUGGAAAGGAUGAUGUUGUGUUUUUUUUUUUUUUUUUGAAAUUUACUAAAGAUGGGAGUAGGAGAGAAGGACACCUCCCCAAAGAUAGAUUACCUAUAGAAUGAUGAUUGUCCCACUACAUUUACUCCUUGCUUCUUGUCCUAGACUCACUCCAUAUUUGAGUUAAGAAUUUACCUUUCAAAUAUUUUAGAACUGCUCUUGAGGGAAAGUUAACCCAGGCUUCUACCUGGGGCCAUGCAGGGCCCAGUUGGUGGCCACUGCCCUGAAGGAGGCAUUACAAGGUGGUAAAGAGUAUGGGUUUUGGAAUCAUCUUAGCCGGGUUAGACCCUUCCAGCUGUGCCACCGAUUAGCAUUGUAAACUUAGAUACCUGACUUAGUUUCCUCAUCUAUAAAAUGGUGAUAAUUUCUCUGCAAAAUAACACCAUUUGUUGUGAGGAUUAAAUA